AUUGCGUACUGACAGCUUGUAUUUGUCGCUAGAUUUGCGACGUUGGGUGUUUUUUUCCUUCUCCCCCCAACAGACAUGAAAUCUCUUAAUCCUAAAAUGAACCUUUAGUUUAAAAAUUCGCGUCUGCCGAUGCAAAUCGUCAGCGCUGUACAUAUCAUUGUUUUUGCUAUGAUUUUCUCGGGAUAGCUAGCUGCACAGGCUAAGCUAAGAUGAUAGUUUAGUUUCACAUCCGUCCGUUCUGUCAGUGUAGCGAGUUAGCUUAGCUGGUUUGGAUUAGCCAGUUUGUGUAUUUGUGCUCCUUUAAUUGAAAGGACGUUAAUAAAAUGUUAGUGACGCGUGGUUAGCCGUAAUUACACCGUUAUAUGGUGUACGGCUGUGUUUACUGCUGUGUUGCUAGCUGGCUAAGUGCUGCCUGUCAUCCGUCAGACAUUACAGCGUUAGCAUUAGCGUUAGCAUUAGCAUUAGCUUGCUGAAUGACCGAAAUCACAGUCGACUGAAAUUGGCCCCAAAACACCUCCAGCUGUGUGUGUGUGUGUUCAUCUCACAGGAAGGGUUUAAGGUCGGGAAAGAUGUGUUCUUGUUUUCCCUCAGGGGUUUAUCUGAGUGUCAGUGGACAGUUUAGCUCUUUUUCCCCCUGCUAGGUUUAUAUUAUUAUAGCCAGACAGAGCUCACUAACACCAGGAAACAGAUGUUGUUAGAGAACCGUUAUUACCAUAAAUACUGUAAUAUCGUACGGUACAUGACACCGUGAAUGAUAAAGGAUUAUAUCGUGCUAUGUCUCCCAGGGCAGCUGAGGCAGCCUCUGAGUCUUAUUAAAGGGUUUCAGAUCUAUUACACAUCCCUCAUUAACACUAGUCUACUGGAACCCUGUUAUUUACUUCUGGGUCAUUUGUGUCUGAUAACCCAGCUCGUGAGGAGGUGGAACAGUCUCGGUCAAGAACCUCAGCAUGAAGAAGUUCUUCGACUCUCGGAGGGAGCUGGUUAGUGUUGGUCCUGGUUCUGGAGGCGGAGGAGGAUCCAGUGGAGUCGGGGGGAACUUCAUCGGCCGGACCUUCACCAUCGGACAUCAUCAGGUCACCGUGGAGGAAACUCUUGCUGAAGGUGGUUUUGCUAUCGUGUUUUUGGUUCGGACCAAUCAGGGUGUUCGCUGUGCGCUGAAGAGAAUGUACGUGAAUAACGAACACGACCUGCAGGUGUGUCGCCGAGAAAUUCAAAUCAUGAGGGAUCUCUCCGGCCAUAAGAACAUCGUGGGCUACGUGGAUUCGAGCGUGACGGCUGUAGGAGGCGGUGACGUGUGGGAGGUUCUCAUCCUCAUGGACGUGUGUAAAGGAGGUCAGGUGGUCAAUCUGAUGAACCAGCGUCUGCAGACGGGAUUCACAGAGAAUGAAGUGCUGCAGAUUUUCUGUGAUACGUGUGAAGCUGUAGCUCAACUGCACCAAUAUAAAACUCCCAUCAUCCACCGGGACCUGAAGGUGGAGAAUAUCCUGUUACAUGAUCAGGGUCAUUACGUACUGUGUGAUUUCGGCAGCGCUACCAAGAAGUUCCAAAACCCCCAGAGUGACGGAGUGACUGUUGUGGAAGAAGAGAUCAAAAAAUACACCACUCUCUCAUACCGAGCUCCUGAGAUGGUGAACCUGUAUAAUGGUAAACUUAUCACCACCAAAGCAGAUAUCUGGGCUCUAGGUUGCUUGCUGUAUAAGCUGUGUUUUUUCUCGCUGCCCUUCGGAGAGAGUCAGGUGGCCAUAUGUGACGGGAGCUUCACCAUCCCAGAUAACUCCCGCUAUUCCUACGACAUGCACUGUCUGAUCCGCUACAUGCUGGAGCCGGAUCCGGAGAAACGGCCCGAUAUUUAUCAGGUGUCUCACUUUGCUUUCCGGCUCGCUCGACGUGACUGUCCUGUCCAAAACACACAGAAUUCCUCGCUUCCCGCUAAGCUCCCUGAGCCAAUCAGAGCAAGCGAGGCAGCAGCAGCGAAGAAGAGCCAAACCCAGACGAAGGCCAGGCUCACAGAUCCCAUUCCCACCACUGAGACAUCCAUUACACCACGUCAGAGGCCCAAAGCCGCUCAGGCUCAGCCAAUAGGGGGCGUCCUCCAGAUCCAACCUGCUGCACUCACACCCCGCAAGAGAGGUACACCUGUACACUCAGCUGUGAGUGUGAAUUUGGCUCAGCCAGCUGCAGCACUGCAGUCACAGAUCACACACACCUCUAUCCAGCCUCAGCACAAACAGCCCGUGCAGCCAAUCCCAGUUUCUGCACCAGUAUCAGGAAGCGCAACUCCACCAGUGACCAGCUCCGCCCCUCCAGCAGUAACAAGUCCUGCUCCUCAGAAAGCCACACCCACUCCAUCAAGUCCAGUUCCACCCACCGCUCCAGCACGUAGUGCCAAGCGCAAACAACAACAACAACAAAAUCAACAACCACCACCACAACAAAAACAGCCUCCUCUUGCAGCACAGCCACUUGAAGCCACACCUACUACCACACCCCCUGCCACACCCAGUGCUGCAGAAACGCCUGCCACUGUGGGCCUUUCCCAGACCCCGCCCUCUUCCCCAAGGACUCAGAAGGCGGGACAUAGACGCAUCCAGAGUGACGUCACACACAGUGCAAUGGUUGGCGUGUGCGCGAGCCAGUCAACGCAGCAGCUACAGGCUGCUACAGCCGAGGCCAACCUCAACAAAUCCAAGUCAGCCAGCGCCACUCCAUCCAACUCGCCACAGUCUUCCCAGCAGAGUGUGUAUGAAUCUGGCCAGCAGUGCGGCGCCACCACUUCUGUCCCAAACCUUGUCACUACUUCUGCACAAAGUCUCGCCACUCCUUCUGCCCCAAGUCUAACCGCACCCUCCGCUCCGAGUCUUAGCACCGCUGCUCCUUCGAGUCUGAGUCCCCUUGACCAGUCGUCCUGGAACCCCUUCGGAGACGACAACUUCUCCAAGCUGACAGCCGAGGAACUGCUGAACAAAAACUUCUCCAAACUCUCCAAAGAAACUGCAGAGCCUCCGAGCAUUUGCACAGAGGAACUUCUCCCUGGACUGGACUCUGUUCAACCCAUUACUCAGCCUUCAGCUGAAAGACCUGCUGAUAUUCUGGGGUUGGAUUCAGGUGCUGAUUUACUGGCGAUUCCAGAAAAGCUAAUCGAGGGUCUGAAGUCUCCAGAUGCAUCUCUUAUGCUGCCUGACCUCCUGUCAAUGUCCGACCCCUUUGGCAGUUCUGUGGAGGACACGAGAGAUGGAAGUGCUGAUGUGUGUGUGGACUCCCUGAUUCCUGGACUGGAGGCUCCUCAGGUUCAUUCUGUGCAGACAGAUGCAGUGAGGACUGAUGCACUAAGUGGAGAAGACACUCUCUUGGGCAGUCCUUUCUCCUCAGGCCCCGCCCCCUGUCUCGAUGAAUUUGCACCUGUGUCAGGAGGAUCUGCCCACAGCACAACAGACUCGACUUGCUUGAUCUCUGGUUUUGAGCCGCCGAGUUCAGACAAAAGCGCAGAUGACGAGUUUGACCCGAUCCCAGUGCUCGUCUCCAAAACGUCUCAAGGUGAGCCAGUCAGCAUGAACGGUUAUGUACCUGGAGCUCAGGAACAAGAAGAGGAGAAGGAGGAAGCUUUCAUUAGCGUCUCCUCCAUGGACGUUUUCUCCCUCGCUCCUUUCCCUUCGAAGCAGCAAGACGUUUUCCUCCAGGCUCCGUUUGGGCCUCGGAGAAAUGUUUCAGUGCUGCAGCAGCCAAUCGCAGCGCAUCGGGUCGGCCUGUAUCCAAUCACGGGGCACCAUGCUGUCUCCUCCGUCAGGCAGCAACCAGUCAAAGUGCCUCAUGAUGCGUCAAAUGUCAGACAGCAGCCAAUCGCAGCACAUCAAGUCUUGUCGAGUGUCAAACAACAACCAGUGACGGGGCACCGCGUCUUGUCCAGUGUUGGACAGCAGCCGAUCACAGCGCACCGUGUUGUGUCCAGCGUGGGACAGCAGGCUGCGGUUGGCUCCGUCUCUGUUGGGCCACUUUAUUCCUGGACUUUAGACGUCAGAACAUCAGUUCGGCCCAGGUGUCAUCAGGAGAAACCUUAACGUCCUACACACACACAUGCACACAGUGUGUUUCUAUCCAGAUUCUUGGCAAAUUUCCAAAGCCAAGUGAGUUCGCAGUACGCCACAUGUUCAAACAGACGCAUUGUAAAGUCAUAUCAACAAGUCCGAUUUUAGAGUUUCUAAAAAAGCUCUCUGACAUCAGUAGUGACAUCAUCUUCAGCACUGGACUGGGAGCUCCAUGCACACGUUUUGUUUAAAAUUUCAUCAGAAAUGUCAUGUUUGGUGUAAAUUGAUGUUAAAGGGAACGAUGUGGGAGUGAUUUAUUACCAGGUUCACGUUUCCGGCACAGCGUUAUCCCAGUGAUGUUCCGGUAUAGGACUGUAGGAAGCCUCGAUUACCUGCUUCCUCUCUGCAGCACUUUAUUUCCUCUGUACUUCUCAUAUAAGCCUCCAGAUCUAAAGGUAUGCAAGUAUUAAUGCAUUUUUAGACCUCAAGUAUAUUCUAUUUUCUAUCUGUUGACGUUGCUAAAUUAUUGCUAUCAAUAUAACCACAGCAGUAUUUAGAUAUAUACAGUACUCAACACACAAACGAAUGAGAAUGUGAAGGAAGCAGAUCAACCUUUUUAAAUUUCAAAUUAGAAUGUGAAGUGUAAAACCGCAUUGUAUUUUUAUUCACAUCUUUAUUCACAUGCUGUCUGUGAUCAUACUUGAAUGCGAGAAAACAGGAAUCUUCAUUUAUGAUUGCAAAUCCAGCUCCCUGGAGCCAAUCCCUGGCCCCGCCCCUCAGCCCCCGAGAGAAAUUCCCCUGGAUCCAUUUCCUUGGCCCCACCCCUCAGCUCCCUGGAGCCAUUCCCAUGGACCCAUUUCCUUGGCUCCACCCCUCGUCUGCCUGGAGCCAUUCCCGCGGCCUCAGCUCUCUGGAGCCAAUCCCCUGGCCCCGCCCAUCAGCCCCUGAGAGAAAUUCCCCUGGAUCCAUUUCCUUGGCCCCACCCCUCAGCUCUCUGAAGCCAUUCCCCCGGCCCCACCCCUCAGCUCUCUGGAGCCAUUCCCAUGGACCCAUUUUCUUGGCUCCGCCCCUCAUCUCCCUGGAGCAUUCCCCCAGCCUCACUCCUCAGCUCCCUAGAGCCAUUCCCAUGGGCCCAUUUCCUUGGCUCCACCCCUCAUCUCCCUGGAGCCAUUCCCCCGGCCCCACCCUCAGCUCCCUGGAGCCAUUCCCAUGGAUCAAUUUCCCUGGCCCCACCCCUCAGCUCCCUGGAGCCAUUCCCAUGGACCUAUUUCCUUGGCUCCACCCCUCAUCUCCCUGGAGCCAUUCCCCUGGCCCCACCCUCAGCUCCCUGGAGCCAUUCCCAUGGAUCAAUUUCCCUGGCCCUACCCCUCAGCUCUCUGGAGCCAUUCCCUUAGCCCCACCCCUCAGCUCCCUAGAGCCAUUCCCAUGGGCCCAUUUCCUUGGCUCCACUCCUCAUCUCCCUGGAGCCAUUCCCCUGGCCCCACCCUCAGCUCCCUGGAGCCAUUUCCAUGGAUCAAUUUCCCUGGCCCUACCCCUCAGCUCUCUGGAGCCAUUCCCUUAGCCCCACCCCUCAGCUCCCUGGAGCCAUUCCCAUGGACCUAUUUCCUUGGCUCCACCCCUCAUCUCCCUGGAGGCAUUCCCCUGGCCCCACCCCUCAGCUCUCUGGAGCCAUUCCCAUGGACCCAUUUUCUUGGCUCCACCCCUCAUCUCCCUGGAGCCAUUCCCUCGGCCUCACCCCUCAGCUCUCUGGACCCAUUCCCCUGGCCCCACCCCUCAGCUCUCUGGAGCCAUUCCCAUGGACCCAUUUUCUUGGCUCCACCCCUCAUCCCCCUGGAGCCAUUCCCUCGGCCUCACCCCUCAGCUCUCUGGACCCAUUCCCCUGGCCCCACCCC